GGGUAAACAAAAACAAUUACAUAUUAUGGCAAUAUCAUGUAGAGUCAUUCCAAAUUCAGUGCUAAUUGCAGUAAAGUUUAAAUAUACCUCAAUUAACCCAAUUUUUAAAUGAAUUUACACUCAAUUGUCAUGUUCAAGGAUUAUUUUAUCCGCUAUCCAAUAAAACAUUUAAAAUGUGGUUUUGGGUCACGGCCAUGAUAUGGCUUACAGAUUUCAUUCGACUGAAGAUUGAAUUGUUGAAAAUCUUGGUGACAUUUUGGCGCAGUUUAUAAGGUUUAUAUUCUUUUACUUAAAUAUGUUUGACAAUUAUACAAUUCAGCAAUUAUAGCAAAUUCUUUCGAUUGUGAUGUGCCUGAACCCAGUACUCGUUUCAUGCAUCUUCGCCUAACUCCAAACAUUACCGAGUUGAGUGUUAUCGAUAACGGCGAACAACUGGAUCCAAAUCUGACAACAUUCAUAAUAGUGCACGGCUGGAGAGAGUGGCCAACAAAACAGUUAAAUCUUAAACUCGCAAGAACACUAGCAAAACAUGAAAAUAGCAAUGUGUUAUUAAUGGAUUAUUCAAAAUGGACGCGGAAGUUUUACAAUUGUGCAAUACAAAUGGUUGUAGCAGCAGGAAAGGCACUUGCUGAGUUUAUUAUUAGUGCAGUGAAUCAGAAUUACACAACAUUGGAUAAAAUACACCUUAUAGGACAUUCAUUAGGGGCGCAUGUAAGUGGCGUAGCUGGAAAGAUAGUAAACGAACAAACAAAUCAAUCUAUUCACCGUAUUACUGGUCUUGAUCCAGCCGGGCCAUUAUUUGCGAAACCAUUCACUUACAGCACUGACCUUACAUUAAAUGAGGCAGAUGCAGUUAUUGUGGAUGUAUUACACACGACUGUGAUCAUUGGUACACCAGAACCAUUGGGAACAGUUGAUUUUUAUGCGGAAUCUCCAUAUGGAAGCGGCAUACAAGCAGGUUGCAUCAAUGAAAUAAACAUUGGUUGCAGUCAUAUUAUUUCACGAGAAUAUUACAUAGAGUCGAUAAAAUCCUGUGCUAUCAGAGGAUUUGAAUCAGAAUCAUUUGAUAAUCAAAACUUUAGUAACCCAGUGAUAUUCGGACAUCAUAUGCCUAAAAAUGUAAAAGGUAUUUACAAAUUUACUCCACGACACAAGUCACCAUACGGAAGAUAUUCUUCGAAAUGUGAAAACAUUGAAUAAAUGUUAAUCUUGUAGAUAUUUAUUUAAAAACACGUAGAAUAUAAUAAAAUGACUAACUUUAGUCCAGUAAAUCAAAA